AUGUUCUCUCGCGACGCCGUUACUUUAGCUCUACCAGGUGUUGUCCUGAUGAUGAACACGGGUCUCUGUGACCUCUUCGCGAAGGCAAUCCUCGAUGGGCGAAUGGUCACGGAGGACGGUGUCUGGGAUGCUGCUGUCGAGACUGCGCGGGCGAACAAGGCGAAAUUGGAGGCAGCGCAGGAGGAAGUCGAGAGGCGUGCCAAGAGGAUAACGAACGGCACACCGAUGGCGCCGGAAGGUUCAUCGCCUUCCUUCGGCGGCGAGAAGGUUGCUCUCGCCAGCGGCAGGGGCUCGCGGCCUCUGGCCAUCCAGACUCAUGAUGGUCACACUCAACCUCAAUAA